AUGCGCCCUUCCCUAGCUCUGCAGCUUUCAAAAGUGCAGUUGACACUGUUCACACGCGCCACCUGCGGACUCUGCGAUGUAGCUAAGUCGCGCGUCGUCGAAUUCAAUAAGAAACAAUCCGAGCCGGUCAAAUACUCGGAGGUCGAUAUCAUGGAACCAGGUCAUCAAAAGUGGAAGGAUGCUUACGAUUUCGAUGUACCGGUGCUACACAUCGAUCGCAUCCCGGAGACGGGCAAAGACUUUGAACCCAGUCUCGACGCCGCCUGCAAACUUAUGCACCGCUUUACCGUGGAGGAAGUGGACAAGGCUGUUCGCCAGGUCGAAGAUGGUUCGUCAUAA